GCUCAGUCUAAUCUCAACGCUUAACAUGAGUGGUGACUUCGCCAAACUGAAUGAAGCCCAGAAAAAAGAGGCGAAAGCGUUUAUAAACAAAGCACACUCGAAGGGAAAACUCCCGAAGGCUGCUGCGGCGAACCCGUCGCAAAAGACCAUCUUUUCCGAAGGCGGCUUUCGUCUUGAACGACGGCAGGCAGUCCCCAAUGACGGUGGGGCAAGAAAGGUAGCUGUCGAGCAGAAUGGGCCCAGGAACGGUCGGAGUACGACUGUAGCUCAGACUAAAGUGCUCCCUGGAUACCCUACCGAUUCAGUGCCGCCUUCUGGAAAAAUUAGGAAUAGAUUGCAGGCCUCCUUGAAGUUCGGAAAGGAGACCUAUAUCAAACCCCAGAGGCGACUCGAUCAUGAUCGGCGCGUGGCUGAAGGUCAGCAGCAGAAGAGAGAGACACUCUUGAAGAAACACAAUGAAGGUAUAAUGGCCAGGGCUGCCGCUGGUAAUACGAGGAAAGGGAAGACGUGAGCCAGUGAAUGUGCAAUUGCAUUAUAUCACUCUUUUUGAAGGCCUGUUUGAAUUGCGAUCGACCUGUUCUGGCCGGGAAGUGGGUUUGAAGUAUGCAUUCCGAUUCUUUCGCCUGUACAAUAGUGGUGUCAUUCGCGCUCGAGUCUUUACCUUUACGCAAAAUGACGUACAUUAGGGUACCAUACUGUAUACUAUGGAAAAGUACAGCGAUAUGUUAUCGUUCGGAUGUC